AGUUAUUCAACCACGGCACUACUUCCGGCCGCUUGCAAUAAAAUACCUUUGUGAUAUUUCCUAAAAUAUUCCCCUAAAUCUAUUUGUAAUUCCAAUGACUCAUAUGUUAUAAUGUGAUUUUUGGCUUUCUUCUAAGAUCUUCGGCUGGUUAUAAUUCAUCUGAUGGCGUGAUAAUUUCAAAGGCGUGAAAAGUAUUAAUUCAAGUAAUUUGUAGUCACAGAUUGAAGUCAGAACUAUCACAAUGGCACAUUGGUCCCUGCUUGACUUGGACAAAGAACAGAGAAAUUUCUUCUGUCUGACAAUUCUAAUCAAUGAUGUUGGCAACAAAAAUCUCAGAGAGUAUUUCAAAAGGCAGUGGCCAAUAGUAUAUCAGAAUUUCAAGGGUACCCCACCACCAGCACCCUGGACUAAUGUGCCAAAUGAUGCCACAGAAAUGAAUAAUAUUGAAACAACGCUGAGGUUAAGGGGAAAUGAUAGAGCAAAGUUCAAUAGUGGAAACACCGAAAAAUGGGACUUUUCACUUUUAUCGAGUGUAUUAUUACACUCGUCUUUGAAGUUCGUAAACCUUCCUACAAGUCCUGAAAAAAGUGCCUUGGAAGAUCUUAAAGAUGUGCGUAAUGAAUUGGUAGGGCAUAAUACAAGUAGUAAGAUAGAUGAUGCAACAUUCAAAACAAACUGGACAAAAGCCUGUAAUGCUUUGAAGUUAUUUGGAGCAACUCAAGCAGAGUUCACUGAAGUUGAAGAUGUCCUGAAGAAGCCAUCUGAAACACUGGUGCCAAUUCUGAAAAAAAUUGUUGCAACAGAAGAAGAUAUUUCAGACAACAUUAUAAAAAUUAUUCAGAAAUUGGAGGAAAAUCAAAAAGAAGUCACUGGAAAAAUAAGCCAGCACCAUGAGGAGCUAACAGCAACCAUCAAGGAAGAAGGGCAACGGACAAGGUCACUGAUUGAAAAGCAAAAUGAGUCUUCAAGACACGUCCUGAUGGCAGAAGAUCAACGCCUUCUUCUUCAGGAACGUCUUCCUAAUUUCCAAGAUGAUGUUAUAGCAACCAAAAUCCUAGACAACCUGCCAUGUUUGACGCAAGAGCAGAAAGAUCAGAUAGCACACGAUGAAAAAACCUUUCAAACCUCAAAAGGUGUUAGAACACUGGUGGAGAAACUAGAAGAACACGAGGAAGGUUUUGUACAGUUUGUUCGUGCACUUCGUAAAGCUGAUCUUGGCCAUGUGGCUGUGAUACUGGAUGCUGACUUUGAAGAGCACAGCGAUGAGGAUGAAACCACAAUAGACAAAGAGGACACUAACUACUCAGUUAUUGGUUCCGCUGUAGACGUCAUGAUUUCAAUGCGUAUCUUUGAUGAAAAAAAAUAUUCGAGACGAUCAGAUUUAGAACGAAAUAUUGCAUCUUCAUUCAGCAACAGCUCGUCUGAUGAGUCCAAGACUUUAAGAAAAGAUUUCCAGAAGGUGCUACCAAAAGGAAUAUAUUUUGUUCACACUAAGCAGCUGGGCAGCGAUAGCCAAGAUAAUAAUGCAACGAGCAGUCUUCCCACAAGCAAGAAGGACUCAAUAGUGUUUGUUUUUAGAGUGGCCAAAGCUAGCGUUCUCGACGAGCUGUGGAAAAUUUACCAGGACAAAUCCCUGGACAAAAAGCUCCACCAAGCUUUAAAGUCAAGAAAGAGCAUAACCUGGAACUUGUCUUUGGAGAUAUUGUUCCAAGAAAAAGAUUAUAUUGUUAUCAAAAGCAUUCUUGCAGGAACUAAAGAAGAUGUCGAAACAGAAACUGCCAAGGAACCUUUGAACUCAUCUAAAGAAGAUUCUAAACUAGGUUUUUCAGACUCAGAAAAAACAAGCUCUUUGGAAGAUGAUACAAAGUUCGUAACACAAGGUUCAAGACCAGAAGGAACUUCAARCAUUAAAAGUGCAAAACCUAUUCCACGAGUAUACUUGGAUGACGGUACCUACAAUCUCAGCUGUGAACUCAAACUUCGUGAGUACCAGAAAGAGCUAGCAACGUCUGCCCUGGAAGGCAAGAACACCAUCAUCUGUGCACCAACCAACAGUGGCAAGACCUUCGUUGCUAUGGAGAUUGCUAAAAGACACCUUGAUGUUUAUAAAGAUGGCAUUGAAGCCUGCAAGGAUGUGUCAAGACCCAAGGUGAUCUUCGUGGUGGAUAAGCAAAACUUGGUGCUUCAACAAAGAGCCCGUUUUGAGGAGUAUCUGACGAACUACAGCAUAUCAGAUAUCUCGGGAAGCAAUUCAGAUGUGAUUCCUCUUCACUGUAGGAUCCAGGAAGAUGAUGUAGUCGUGUUGACUGCAGGGAUACUGGUGAACGCCCUGGUUGACAAAUCAGUCCAUAUUACAGAUAUAACACUUCUAGUGUUUGAUGAAUGUCACCAUGCCAACAAGGAUCACCCGUACAACCAAAUCAUGCAGGAAUAUCUGGAUCUAAAAAUCAAGAAAAAUGUCCAGAAUCUGCCUCAGGUCAUUGGUCUUACCGCUUCUCUCGGUGUUGGUCAUUCCAACACCAAAGACAAAGCCAAGGAAUACAUCUUACAGAUGUGUGCCAACUUAGACGCCUCAAAAAUCAGCACUGUCCGUGAGAACUUAGAAGACCUCUUAGCCAACGUCACUGGGCACGUGCCUGUUAAGAGGAUCGUACCCCCUGUCAAUCAUGAUGUGCAAAACAUUUUUGAAAUCGAGGUUAACAAGACAAUGGAAGAAAUAGAACUUUUCGUGAAUAAGUUGCGACCAAACACGUCAAGACCUCAAGCAGCUUCACCAACAGAUAGACAGUUGGAAAGUUACCGACAAUGGAUCGAACUGCUCCAAAAUGAUACCGAGAUUUCAGACAAUCGUACCAGGUUCACCUGCGCAGAACAACUGAGAAGGUAUCAUGAGGCCCUACUCAUCAACAACACAGUAAGAAUCGAUGACGCAAUAAAAUAUCUCUCGGAUUACUUCGACGAUCGCGACCCGACUAUGUUCACCCAAAAUUGUACCCUUCUUCAAGAAUUCUACAAUCAAACGAUGAAGCGGAUUCAAGACCACAUCAAUGAAAACGGCAAGCCCGACAAUCCUCUGCUAAAAGGUUUGGAAAAGUUAAUCAUUGAAUUUCAUGAAAAAAAUGAAGAGUCAAAAGCGAAGGGGAUUUUAUUCACUCGUACAAGGGAUUAUACUGUGGCAUUAAAGAGAUGGAUGAUGGAAACAGAAGAACUAACCGAGAUCUUGAAACCAGAAGUAUUAGUUGGAAGUGGUGAUGGAGAGAUUGGUCUAUCCCAAACACAACAAGAAGCAGUGAUCAAGAAAUUCAAAACCGGAGAAGUAAACAUCAUCAUUGCAACAACCGUUGCUGAAGAAGGACUGGACAUCUCUGACUGCAGCUACGUCAUUCGCUAUGGAAUGCUGGGAAAUGAAAUUUCCAGUGUCCAGGCACGUGGUCGUAUCAGAGCCAAGGAGGGUAACUACGUGUACAUGCCUGAUUCGAGGAAGAGGGGAGUGGAUCAUGAAAUGCGCAAUGAUUACCGAGAGAUACUCAUGGAAUCUGCUCUAGAAGAAGUACAGGACAUGGAAGAGAGUUUGUUCUUGGACAGGAUUAAUGGCCUUCAAAACCAAAUUCUUCAUGAGCUCCAAGUCAGAAGAGAAAUCGAAGCCUCUAACAAAUCACAGUACCAAGAUGAAGAUCAUAUCUCGUUUCUGUGCAAGAAAUGUGAGCAGUACGUCUGUAGAUCUCGAGAUAUCCGUCGAUAUAAAAUCACCAACCACGUGGUCGUAAAUCCAAAUGUUGAAAAGCUAUUUAAGGUGAUAAAGAGAGAAAAACCUAAAGGACGUCGUGGUCGUUUCAACGAGCAUAAGGUUCAUUGCAAAGAGUGUAACUUGGACUGGGGAAUACCGUUGUUAACAAAAGGGACACGCUGGCUGUGUAUGAAAAUUGAAAGUUUUUGGGUCGUAGUUGACUCUGUCAAAACACCCAUUAAAAAGUGGAAAGACGUUCCCUUUACGAUUGAAGAAGUUUCGUUGGACAAGUUGUUUGAGCUGCGAAAACUGCUCGGUCAGAAUGAAUGAACGAAUGAGUGGACGAACGAACAUGAUGAAUGGAAUAUGAAUGAAUGGAUUGAGCCUGAUUGAUUGAUUGAUUGAUUGAUUGAUUGAUUGAUUGAUURAUUGAUUAUUUGAUAUGACUCAUGAAUGAAGGGAUGGAUCAGACGGACGGACAGAUGGACGGACGAACAAACGGAUAGAUUUUUUACUUUAUUUUUAUUUUUUUGAUUGGAUGGAUUGAUGAAUGGAUCACGGACGGACUGAAGAAUACAAGGACGGAUGGACGCACGGACGGACGAAUGAAUGGAUGGAGGAAUUCAAUGAAUUCAAUUAAAGUUAUCCAUUUUUUUUUAAUGUAUAAACGAUUUCAAUUUACUAAUGUUGGCCUUGUCA